AUGAUGCUGCUGUUCCUCGCCGCACGGCUGCCGAACGGCGAGAGCGCCGAGAGUGGGCCCGCAGGUCGGCCGAUCUGGCGAUCCAGCGUUUGUCCGACCAGCUCACGGUGCAGAAGGCCCAGUAUGUGCGUCUCCGUGGUUAUGUUUCCCAAUUUCUUGGCGAUCCAUGUCUGCCAGAUCGUAGAUUGGCCAUUGCGCCUGCUCUUUCCCACCUGCUCCACGGUCGCCCUGCUGAUCAUGCUGCCGUCCUCCGGCGGAACGUGGCACUGCACUCAGUGGCGCAGCCAGGAGUUUGGGUUUCAUUGGCCACUUCGGCGGAGCUAA